UGUGUUGGAGUAACGACGUAAAAACAUAUUAGAAACAUAUAUAAAUAUCACAUAAAUAAAAAAAAACAACAUAACGGUUUUCUCAGGUUCAUCGCCCAGCCCUGGCAGACCGUACAAACAUCUGCUAUUAGUGCGCGACCCUGGAACUUUCACAACGAUUGCAACAAAAUAAAAAAAAAAAAAGAAAACGACACGAAAAUUGAAUAUAUCCAGACGGAGAAAUAUACAUACCGACACGAAAGAUGAGUUUCCUCAAUUACGUGUUUGGCCCGAAUCUCUUCAUGGAGUACCGGGGUGUUCCAGAGCCGCAGCGCAAGAUGUACGAUGCGGGAGCCGCCGAACGGUUCGGCGAGCAGAUUCUGUCCACGCUCUCGGUUAUGUGGUCAGUGGGAUACUACACAUCCCCUUUGCUCGUCACAUUCCUCUACCGUCGCGGCUACUUCGUAGCAGACUCCAUACCGACUUUGGCCAAGAUUACCACUAGCCUGGGCCUCAUUGUCAUCAUUUCCCUGGUGAUGCGCGGUCUGGGGCGCAAACAGUCGCGCUCGUACUCCAACAUGAUGAAGGCCCUGGUGCGGGCCAAGGAGUCCAAGACAGCUGGCGGUGCCAGCAGCGAGCUGCGACGCUUUGACAUUGAGUUUAAAGCCUGGCCAGUGGACUUUGAUGUGAAGGCUCUUACUGGGGACACCAAAAAGCCUGUGGUGACUGCCAGUAGGCGUGAACCGCUCCAGCUGGCCACCCUACCCUGUGAAGUGAUUGCCUAUUUGGCCAUCAAAACCUUUGGGCUUUCCAUGAUCUAUCCAGGGUCUGUGAAGCUGUUGCAGAAAUUCAUGAGACCCAUGCUCAUCUCCGGUCGCGCCAAGCUCAUCGAGGAUGACAAUGGCAUCCGCUAUAAGGUCAAGACCAUUGACUCGAACGAAAUCGACACCUUGUUCAUUGACAACCGCAACGACAAUGUGGGCAAUGGCAAGACCCUGGUCAUUUGCUCUGAGGGCAAUGCUGGCUUCUAUGAAGUAGGAAUCAUGGGUACUCCAGUGGCCUUAAAGUAUUCAGUUCUUGGCUGGAAUCAUCCUGGUUUUGCUGGUAGCACGGGCACACCAUAUCCACAUGAAGACAAGAAUGCCAUCGAUGCUGUGGUCCAGUUCGCCAUCAAUAAUCUGGGUUUUUCGGUGGAGGAUAUCAUUCUGUAUGGCUGGAGUAUUGGAGGCUUUAGCACAUUGUACGCUGCAUCCGUUUAUCCGGAUGUCAAGGGUGUGGUGCUGGACGCCACCUUUGACGAUGUGCUUUAUCUGGCUAUACCUCGCAUGCCUUCUGGACUGGCAGGAAUUGUGAAGGUGGCCAUUCGCAAUUAUUGUAAUUUGAACAAUGCAGAGUUGGCUGCCGAGUUUAAUGGCCCAAUUUCGUUUAUACGCCGCACUGAGGAUGAGAUAAUAGCCGAGGACAACCGCAUUGACACCAAUCGCGGCAAUUACCUGGUCUUGUCUGUGCUAAAGCAUCGGUAUCCCAACAUCUUUGGCAUCCCUCAGUUGAACAAAAUGAAAAGCCUGCUUUCGAAGCCCCUGGAACCGUAUAGUAUCCCCACCGCCGACGAGAAGCUCUGCAUGUCGCGCCUCAUUACCUACGCCUCCGAUGAGGGCAAGUCCUUUCCCAUGCACAUUGGAGCUGAUUACUCAGAGGAGGUGCGCAACCUCAUGGCUGUGUUCUUGCUGCGCAAGCAUUUACGUGACUACAACUCGACGCACUGCACCCAACUGCCCGGGGAGUUCUUCACCAUGCCCUGGGACAUUCCCACCGAGCACGGUUUCGUGUUCACCUAAGCCUGCCCAAGGACGUUAGGUAUUAUUCCGAAGGGGGGGUGGUGUGGCCGUGUAUGCUUAGACUUAGUGAAUUAUGGUUUUUAGUCAUUUUGCACUCUUCGACUGCUUAUUAAAUUAUUCUAACUGGGAACAGCCGGGUCGCUGACAACUGGUGUAAAAUUGUCUCUUAUAUACAAGAUAAAUAAAUGUCACAAGAUAUAAACUAAUCAAAAAGA